UGCCCGCAAUGGAUGAGCUCAGAAUUUUGCAACUAAACGAUUAUUGCCUAGAGAGAAUAUUGGAUUUCACUGAAGUAAAAUCACGAAUAAGUUUCGCCCACACAUGUUCGAGAUUCAGGGAUGUUUUUCAUGGCUGGUCACGACGUGGAUACGCUAAUUAUCAUAUGGUUGGUGAUGUUGAACCUUGGGAGUUAACAUUGCUAAGUCUUAUUGCACAAAGUGUUAAAUCACUAAACAUAUUCGCCGAUGAUCUGCAUGCAAAAUUUAGAGUCCAUCCAGAUAAGGCAGAUAUAUCCUCACCCGAUGACCAAACUCCUACUGAAGGCCAUACACGAUUUACCAAAUAUAAGGCAACUGCAUAUACGCAUUCUAUGGCACGAGAAUGUUGGAAAAAUAUUACUGCGAAAUUGCCGAUCUCUGACUGCACUGAGAAUUUUACAUAUAUCGAGGGAAGUGAGCAGUUCAAGUCUACGGAAUAUACUGAAUUUCUUGCCUGAACUACAAGAGCUAAGCUUCAAUAUAGAUCGAUCCACUGAGUCGCCAUUGCUAGUCUGUUAUAGAAAUCAAAGAACAUCUCUGACGACGAUUUUCGAUUUCCUGGCCAGCAAGCAGACACUAAGAGUCCUUCGAGUCAAGGGACAAAUCACAGCCAACUACGAGGCACAGUCGCUCGCAAAUAUAAAAUCAUUAAGGAACCUGGAUUGCAGUUUUAAUAGCCCUGAAUUGGUGAUAUAUCUAACGUCACUCACCUCUUUGCAGAGCUUGCGAAUAACGUACCUUCAUCAUAUAGAUAUAUCUGCAACAUACCUGGAAGUAAUACGGCAGUGCAAAGAUCUCCGGUUUCUACGACUAUUCGACAGCAAUAUAAAUCCUGACUUUGUCAAUAAAGCAUCUGAAGUAUUAUAUGAAAAUGAGUCAAAGAAGACGUUACAACUACUAAUUCACGGACAGCAUGAUACAGAUACGUUAAAUGAUUUUAAAGCAAAAGCCUCGGCCAGCAAUAAUCUGAUGUUCCGUUCAAUUGCAGCCUUUGAUCUAUUAACAUUAUAA